AAGGACAGAACCAUGUAAUAAAGAAGGUUGUCAAUUUUUGUUCAAUUUCUGACACUUGAUGAAACAUUGUUUCAACUUUUUAGUUUUUCCAUUUUCAUUUUAGGUUUUGUUUUGACAUUUUUGGCUAUUAUACCUGUAAGAACCAUUUUAAGUUUUACCAUGGUUUUAUUUGUCUAAUUAUCUUAUGGUUUACAUUCAAAUUAACUUGGAUGAUCCAAUUUCAUAGUUAACUAAUUUAUGUUUUCUAUUAUUUACAUCUUUACGUUUUAAAAGAAACACUUGUUCACCAUGGGUUCACUUUUGAAUCUGACACAGACACAGAAGUAACAGCCAAGUUGGCCAAAUUUGUUUAUGAUAAGGCUAAUGAAGAAGGUUAUUUUAUUGUGUAUUCUUAUGCAUUUUAGCUGCAUGCUUGUCUGCCUGGUCCAAACUCUUAACUUUAUCAUUGAUGAUUACUCUUGUUGCUACUUGCUAGCAACCACAUUUGAUCCUUUUCCAUGCUUAUUUCAGUUUCCAUAUGUUCCAUCUGAAUGAGAACCUAUCAUUUACUGAGGGGUAGAUUCUCUUGUGCUUAAUUUUAUAUCUAUUUACUUGCUAGUCCAAUAUCAGCAGCAUAUAUGUUCAUUAUCAUCCUAAAGUUUAGUCAGAUCCUGUUAUCAGUUUAAUUAUCCUUUGUUUGCUACUGAUAUAAUAUAAUUGCUAACAGCACGCAGCAGUCAGUUAUUCAACAACUUCAUGCCUGCAUAGGUCGCUUGAUAAUAAUGUGUUCAAAAGGAGAUGCUGCUUCCAUCUGUCCUGGAGAAAUCCGGUAGAGGAAAUGAAGGUCCUCAGGUUGAGGAUUGUCUUCAACCUGCAGUUACUAUAAUUCCAUUGCAGUUGCUGGCAUAUCAUCUCACCGUUCCUAGGGGAUUACAAUGUUGAUCAGCCUCGAAAUCUUGCAAAGAGUGUAACAAUAGAGUAAUGAGUUACUGACAAAUCUCAUUCUGCUAAUUUUGUUUCUGCUCAGCCAAUUUCCUUCCAAUGAAGCACGCCUAUCAUCCACUGAGAUAGUUUCACUCACUCACCUCCAUUUUUUCUUCAUUUGUCACAGUACAGAGUGUCCAGUAUGCAUUGUAAAUUGUUAGAAUAGAAAUCCAAUCGAACUCUUGACUUCUCAUUGUUAACUUUUGAAUCUAUUCUGAGAUUAAUUAAUUGUCUGAAGGGUC